UCGAAAAUCGCGUCUAAUGGGCAAACAUCUCCGCUCGUUCGCGCAACUCCAUUAGGUGUCUCGCGUCCGCCAUUUUAAGGACAUCGCGUUUUCGAAUUUUCCGCAGGCGUAAAGUGUCGCGCGCGCAACCCGACGCUUUCCCAUCGCGAAUCCAGCGCGGGAUGAGACGAGAUCCCAGACGAGCGUCUCGCUUCGUUUGCCUCCCGAGUUGAAAUUACGUGACGCCCGGGAGUGCCGUACGGAGUAACGAGUGAGAUCGUCGUGACGGAUUACUCUUGGUGUGCUUGCGGUGAUCGCAAUCAGUCGCGUGUGCAUGCGGAUGCAGGCUGUCUGGAGUGAUCAGAGGGAGCAGCCUGCAGCGGACACCGGGAGGAUCGUCGCAUCGCAGGAAGGAACGAGCGUUUGACUGGUCCUGUUUCACCGUGAAAUGGAACGCUCGAGCAGCGGACGUGCGCGCAAAUAACGCGAUCGCAGCCGAUUCCGGCGGACGAUAAUCGUGGGAAGGAGGUCCUCUAUCCACUUGGGCAUUUUCGACGAGGCGCCGCUCCGUUAGCCGACACUCGCGUGCAACAUGUUCGGGACGAAAUUGCGCACGUGGAUGGAGGCACACAUCGUGCGAUCGAAGAAGAAGAAGGACCGGAAGAAGGGCGACAAGGGAUUCGACUCGAACUGCAACUCCCCCAGGAGCCACAGCGCCAACAGAUCGCCCGCUUUGCACCAGGUACAUCCGGUGGACUCGCCGUCGAAGAACGUGGACGGUAUCCGGUUGCACGGGGGCGGCUACGGCGCGACAGUGACCAGCUCGUCCGGCACUUCCGGCGGCACCGCCGGAAGUGUGAACCUCUCCUCGCCGGAGAGCGCGUACUCGACCGGCUACUCGACCGACGGCACCUCGCCCGGCACCAGUUUCCCGCCUGAGUACUACAUCAACAUCAGGACCGGCACCCACUAUUUUCAGAGCAGCGGCGGCGGCAGCGGUACCACCGCCGCCGCCAAUAACAAUAACAACAAUAACAAUAAGACCAGGGCGAAGAGGUCGCCGGGCAACGCAGGGGACCACCCUCCGACCGGUAGUGUCCGACCAGGAAAUGGAAGAGCCGAGGACAGGGGGCAGUCAUCCGCGAGCACGACGAACAUGACCAGAGACAACGGUCAGCCGGAAGUACGAACGAGCACGCCGCACAAGAGUGCAGAGACACCGACGAACCACAGUCAAAGGCAGCAUCAGCAGCAACCGAGGCAGCAGGAGAUCUCGCAUCGCAGGACGGAGUCUUAUUCCGCCGACUCGACGAGGAACAAUCUGCCGGUGCCGUCGUCGAUACCGCCGCCGCUGGUCUCGCCGCCGGUGCAGUCGCCCCGCGAACGCUCCCGCAUCCGGACGAACCCGUGGCUGUCGGCGAACUCCUCCGGAUCCAGCACGAACGGCCUGAAGUCGCGGCUCGCCCUGGACGAGAGCAGCAGCAGCUCCGGCCUGAAGCUCACGGAGUCCUCCGGCAGCGCCAGCGACGUCAAUCUGAACGGCAGGGAGCCUCAUGGCAGGAGGGAGCUCCGUCAGGAGAGCCUCAGCGCCGGCCGAAGCCCGAUUAAUCAAAACUGGAGGAUCACAUCGGGCAUGGAUCUUCGACCGAAGAUCUCCUUGGCCCUACAACGACGAGCCAGCAGCAGCAGUUCGUCGGCGUCCUCGGUGACGCGCAGCGUGCGCUCGUCCGAGGACGACAUCACGCUGAACGAGAUGAUGGGCAAGUUCGACGAGAGUUACGUGUACGAGAAAGAGACGGACAUCCUGUCGGACAGCGACCCGACCGACUGCGAGGACUAUAUCGACUCGCUGUCGGACAUCGACACCGGUCAGGACGGCGGCGACGAGAACGAUCCGUUCGAGAACGACGAGCUCGACUACAUCGACAAUGGCUCGUUCCUCGACCUGGACAACCUGGAGUGCGGCGGCGCCGGCCACUUUCCCAAUACCGGCCACUGCACCUACUUCACUUUCAGCAGCGAACUAAGCCGACGCGGCAGCAGGAUGCGCGAUUCCUUUCUCAAGCGCAGGCCCAAGGACGAGAUCGUCUCUCAGCGAAAUGUGAAUGCGAGAGCCAGCGCGAAGAGGCAGAGCGCGCGGCACAGGAAGAUGGACGAUAAGCAGAGCGAGAAGCGCAAAAAGAGGAUAUCGCAGCGUCGCAAGCCCACUUUAGACCGAUGCGACGACGAGACGGCGAACCUGAACCGCGUGCUGGUCGAAAGGAUGCUGCUGAAGAAUUCGGGAUUCAAUCAGGGCAGCAGGAGCGUAGGCGGCACGCCGAUGUGCCUGCGACGCAGGAAGCACGACGUGAACAAGAAUCUGUCGCCGAUGAGACUGAACGGCCACCCGUCGGCCAUCCGACCCGCCGUGAUGGAGAACGAUAUCGUGAAGAGACGGUCGAACUCGGUGAGUUAUGUGAACGGCAACAUAGUGCGACGGCACGUGGCCGGCAACACGUACAUGACCACGUUCGCGUCGGAGAUCGCGCUGAUCGAGGCGGACAAGGAGGCCGAUCGCAAAUAUCGCGAGCUCAUCCUCGAGGCGGAGAACAUUCUGGUGAGCAUGCAGAAGUACCAGAACCCCUCGCCGUGUGUGCCGUCGCCGUCGCGCAAGCUACACAACGGCCUGGCGAACAAGCGCGUCGAGCUCAUCAAGAAUACGGAGCUGAAUAUCGAACUGGCGCUGUCCAAAAGCCGCAAUUCCCAGCCGGAGCUGCAGAGCGGCAGUAUCCGCGAUCUGGAGCACACCAGCCCGAAACGACAGUUCGCUCCGCCGUGCUCGCCGAUUCAUCGAUUUAUGGAGAGGAACUCGCCGGUCGGUUUCGCGUCGAAGGAGCCACCGCCUUCCGUCUUCCGGCAGCACGAGCUGUCCAAGUGUCCGCCGGACUCGCCGGCGAUGACGCGCAGAACGACGCCCCAGAGCUCGCCCAGCAGGAGCCUGAUGAACCAUCAGAUGCAUCGGGCGCGUAACGGCGAGCCGGAAAGCAAGGAGGGCAACAGAUCGCCUCGGAUCGCCUUGAAUUGUAACGGCGGAAUAAAACCGGAAACCGUGAAUGCGAACAAUUCUCUUGGGGAGAAGAUUAUACACGCGAGCACGAUGACGCAAGGCUCUUUCGUCGGAGGUAGAAAGGAAUUUCGCUCCGCGAGAGAAUCGACAAAGGAGGAGGGAGUGACGUCCAGCUCGUCGGAUUCCGAGGAGAAGUGCGACGUGAGACGGAGGGCUCCAUUGAUGACUUUCAGAUCAGUUGACAUGGGUCCCAUCAAGGAAGGUUCUUCCUACUGCCCGCAAAGCGAACCAGUGAAAAGAAAAGUAUACGCCGGAAGCGCAACAUAUGGCAGAAUACAAAAGACAUUGGGCGAGCAUGUUAUGCUGAGAAAUUCUGACGGCGAUACAGCUACCGAUGAUACCGAUGACUCGAGGAGAUCCCUGAAGGAGAAGGUAGCGCAAUUGCGGCAGGAGCGACUGGCCGCCGAGGCGAACGCGAACAACAUUCACGACUCGCAGUACUUCCAGCACCAGCUAUCCCAGCUACGAAGGCAGAUGCUGAUGCAGACGAUCGAGGGCCUGAAGCGCAGCCUCGAGGAUCAGUCGGCCACCCUGAAGCAAACCUGCCUGGAACCGACGAGCCUGUUGACCGACGAGCUGCCUUGAAUCCGGCCGGCCGGCUCGUUUCCGGUCUAUUGUGCCGCUCACGAUCGCGACUAACGGCGUAUCUACGACAUCGCCCUGUUCCUCGCGAGGGGAACAGACGUCGCUGGACGGACAGGAUCGAAGUUACGAAUCCUGUCCUCGGCGAAUCCUCCGCGAUUGGUCGAGCCGCCGCGCGCUGCGAGGAGUAUUGAUUAAGCGCGGCGUUUAUUCCAUGCGCGCCGAAUACCGAAUUUACGAUGACGCAUUAUGAUCCUCCUCGACGAUACCAGGGUCGGCUGAGUGCGGACGCGCACGUCAAAUCUCUAUUUUUCUGUCCGUCUACGUGAUAUGAGAGAGAGAGAGAGAGAGAGAGAGAGAGAGAGAGAAUGAGAGAAAAGAAGAGAGUCGAAAUUGAGUGUCGCGUAUCCUCGCUGGGAAUUGUUCCGCUCUAUUGUUCGUUUCACGCAACAAUUAACGUUUCUCACGAACUUUCCUUUUCGUCGUUUUUUUAGUUUACAACUUCGCGGCGGGUAGGCCGAUUUUCAUUUGCCGCUUUAGAUUAGCCUUUUUACUAGCUAGACUCUCAUCGUUCGAUCUAUCGUCGCGGUGCUCGCUCCGAAAUUUCUUCCCGAAAUGACGGCAGACGAGAAAUUCUUGCAGAUCGUCGAAUUACGUUAGGAUCAGUCCUAAAACGCUAACGCGGAGAGAGUUAUUAAUAACCGAGUAUAUUACCAAGUAAUUAUAAUAGAAUAAUUAAUAUUAUUAAUCACACUAAUCGCUAUAUUAACAUUACUAUAUUUAACAUUUUUUCAAAUAUAUAGCGCAAAUAUUAUCGAUCAUUAGUAUAUUAUUAUAUACGAAAUUUGCAAUAGGAAACAAGGAGAAGGAUAGUACGCACACUAGUUUGAGAUUGUACUAGGCUCCGCGACAGAGCUCGCGUUAGCGUUUCUAGGACUGAUUGUGAGCUUAGACUACUAACAACAUCUAAACGGGCCUAUUCACGGGUGUCUGUCUUUGAUAUACUUUAGAAGAAACAAAGGAAACAUAGCGAAAAAUCGUAGAAAGGAAGAAAAAAAGACGUCAAAAGUAAGUCAUGCAAAUGAGUAAUGUAUCAGCAGUAUCAAAAAGCAUAGAUAUUUAGCAUAUACCCAUCUAACGGAUUUUUAGAAAAUCACGGAUUUAGCCGAGUACACUAGCAGAUAGGCGAUUCAAAACUUAUAUAAUCGAUUUAGACAUUAGAAACACGAUACGUGCCCAAGGAAUACGGCCCAGUCUCGAGAUGUCGAGACGGUCGGGGAAGGAUAAUCGCUUGACCGACGCGAUGAGACGGUGAGAUUUGUUUCAUUGACCGUUUGAGCCUCAUCGAGACAAAUAAAGCCUCCUACAUGUGUAAGCUCCUUAAGCAAGAUAUCUAAUCACCUCUAUGGAUAUAACUAAUUUUUAUAAGCACUUCGUAAAAAGUAACAAUUGACGCUCAAAGGGUUAAGUAAACUAAACAGACACAGGCAAGCCACGUGGGAAAGCAACGAGAAUAUAAUAUAAAUAAUGCGAAUAGAGACGAAAUAGUUUAACACCGGAUGAAGGUGUGCGAGUCUCAAGGCUUUCCUUCCCCAGCCCUCUCGAUUCUUCCAACUUGAUCUGUUGCAGAAUAUGAUGUUUACGGUAUGUGCACCCUUUUUCCCCCCACUUCGAAGUGAAUCGGACGCGACGCAAGAGGUGACUGUAAAACGGAGCUUUCCGGUGAAGAAGGCUCCAUUUUGCUCCUCGUUCGUGUUCGAUUCCUCAUCCGACAAGCGCCGCUUAUUUUUCACACAGAGAGGACGAGGACUAUACUGACAUAAUAAUCGUUUCUCGCCGUGGAACAUAAUGGGGACGCCAUGAUCAGUUAGCUUACUCACAUAUUACUCGUAAUGUUCCUAUUUCCAUGCGAUACUCGCAUCCCCGGAAGCGAGAUCUUUCCCCCGUGAACAAUCACCUCUGUUUCUGGAUAAAAGUAAGCAAUCUCCCCCUCCCCGUCAGAUUAGUAUACCAAAGACGAUAGCUUAGCUAGAUAGUAGACUAGAGCCGUUUAACCGAUCAAAAAAAAAAAAAAAGCGCACAGCGAUGCAUAUUCGUAAUAAUUAGAGGAUCAUGAUUAAAGCGUUUUUAGAAACUUCGAUUUGCUAGUAGGGAAUAAUCGUUCGAGUUACGUCAAGCGGAUUACAAAUCUUCCAAUGUGGGCCAGAGUCUCAAAGCACUGUUCAUUCCAGCACUCGCAACAGAUUUAUAUACGUGGUUUUUCUAAGUUACAUUUUUAAGCGAUUUUAAUAAAGACACAGUAGUUGAUAUUUCUUAUUUUAAAGGGUCUGCUUUUUGUUUCGAAGACGUUGAAGGUUUAUUUAUUUUUAUUUAUUGACGUUUCUCGAUCGCGAUUUCGGAUAAUUUUGGACUCUGGCCGUAUCAUCGACACACGGUAUGUUCGGUCAUAGUGAUAUUUUUGUGAGAAUAGACUGAUAGCGUUAUCGAUUGUUAGAUUAAAAAAAAAUUUUUAGCGGUUACUUACAUGUGAUUCAGAUAUGUUAAAGGUUCAAAUACGUUCUCCGGAAACGGCGGAUUGUAAUUGCGCGCGCGAUAUAUUUAUUUGUGUUAGAUACUAGGAAGCAUAGUUAAACGAAAGCAUUAGGCGAAUGUAGCGUAGCGUUAGUGCAUUAGGCAAUCGUCAAGUAAACGAAGUUCACAUACUUGUUUCUUCCUCCACCUUGGUUUCUUUCGAAUCGCGUUUGUGAUUUAUUUUGUCAUAAAUAUAUCUAUGAUUUCCUCUCGAUCGUGAUUCAUCGUGAUCUUUCCGUUUGUAGCUUAUUGUGGAGGCAGACUGCGAGAAAGAGAGAGAGAGAGAGAGAAAGUUACUCUGAUCGUAUAAUCGAAAGUCUUUGCGCGAUACGCCGAGUAUCGUUAAGUGGGACGUUGUUCGAGAGUUUUAUACGUGAAAAAAAAAAAGAAGACGAAGUAGGAGAAGACACUGUAUAUAACAUAAUUUUUUAACCGAGGAAUAUUUUAAUUUUUUAUAAUCGUAAGACGGGAUUAGUGCGUCGUUGUCAUAAGUUCGAUGAUUUCUAUGCGAUCGCAUCGACAUUCCAAGAAUGCAGUUUGCGUUGGUUUAACCGGAGGAGAGGCAAGUUGCCCGGAUCGAUCCGCGAAUCGCUCACACACGGCUUCGAGCAUCGCCCUUGCCGCAAAAAAAAAAAGAAAGAAAAACGACACUAGUCACUCGAUCAUUCACGCAGGGUAUAUAUGGAUCGACAACUCCGAACGUGUGCUUGGGGGCAAAGUGGAAUUAUUGUUGCAAACGACAUCUCUUGUGUACCAAGCCAUUUAUGAAAUAAAAAAAUGGUUUUUUUAUAUGAUUAUGAAUAAAUUAUAUUAUGUCGUUGGA